AUGUAUCCUGUUUCGCCGGGGCCGCUUACUCGUCAAAGUGCCGAAGAUUUCUAUAUAAAAGAUAUUGGAACUUUACCAGCUGGUACUCGAAUCGCUGUGGAUAUGUACAAUUUACAUUACAAUCCAGAUUUAUGGGGCCCUGUUGAUCCGCAUGUUUUCUAUCCUGAACGAUUCUCCACGAAACGACAUCCAUUAGCAUGGAUCUCAUUUGGAGCAGGGCCGCGUCAUUGCAUAGGCAUGCGAUUUGCUUUUCUCGAAAUGAAAAUGAUGCUUAUUUACCUGCUUAAAACAUACUCGAUUACAGAGUGUGGUGGCGAAUCACGAAAGUGGUUUGAGCAACUCACGGAACCGUUUGUCAUUACGCCAGCGAGAGCAAUUUUUCGACUCCAUCGAAGGGAUAUCACCAUUAAUCGAACGCUGUUGGAUUGA